AUGUACACAAGAGAGCUGCAAUGCUCUAGUGAUGAACAAAAAAGCGACGUUUCUCACUUGAGGAGUGAAAAUUUAUUUCCUCAAAGAAAUGAGCACGUCAGUGAGAAUACAUGCCUAACGAGCAUCCUUCACCUGAGCGAUGUAAUCACAUCACAGAGCGAAAACUUUGCACGCCUGAACGGUGAACAUUUAAAUUGUUACCAUUCGUCGGUAAAUAGCAACAUUUCUCGCAUCGAAAGUGGAGUUCGCUCCUGUUUAGCUUCAUCACUAUUAGCAAAAUUCUGUUGCACAGAAAUUCCGAUCCAUGAGGAAGGGGAAGCAGCAAGCUGCAAGGAAGAACCAAAUUGUGCACACAGCAGCGAGGCGGUUAUUUCGACGAACGGUCAAAAUAAUGGUGAGGAGAAUAAUACCCAAUUUGGUACUCCGAAAAAUAGGACAAAUAAUGAAAUAAAAAAUAGUCAGGCAAAUGAUUCCAUAGCUGAAGGAGAUCAUCUGAGUGCGGUGGGAACUUCUUCAAUUUGCCUACCCAUUAAAGAAAAUUCGGAAGAUGGACGAGCUUUGAAUGAUAAUAGAAAGCACGGAAAUGGUGAAUCGCCCCCCUCUAGCAAAAGGUAUGCCCUGUCUAGCCCUGCAUGUGACCCCAAAACUACAAACGCGAAGCGGAUUAGCCAUUCUACCGUAGUGCCCAACCCAGAACGUGCAGAAUAUGUGAGUGGCAAUCCUGAAAAGGAACGGGGUCAAGAGAAAUUACAACUUGCGGAUGGCCAUAUGAACGAACGCACGAUGGCAUAUUACCCAGAUGAAGAAAUACAGGGGGGUAAAAAAACGUUUAACACAAAAUUGAGUGCAUUGAAUGAUGACAAUUUUGAGCUAACGAAAACCUCAUGUAACACUAGAGGGGACGGAAUAGAACGAAAAAAACAGCAUGGAAAUGGAAAAAAUUGCAAUUGCGUGGGAGAAAAAAAGGACCCUUCACCUUCACCUUCCCCUUUAAGUACAAAACCACGGAGCUACUCGCUAGAUGAUAUUAAAAACGGAAAAGUAGAUAUCCCAAACGUUAUAUUUAGGAAGCUACCCUUCAAUUCGAACGGAGACAAUGUCAUAGAUUCGUAUAGGAGAAAUCAUAAGCUGCUCAAUUUUAUGAAGGACUGCAACGAGUCGGUUGGCCUGAUUUUAAAAUACCCACAAAUUGAAAAGAGUCAAAAUAGGACACUCAAAGUACCAUCGGAAAUUUCCCCUGCAAUUAGGAGCAAUAUCGGUGCGGCCAUCAUAUAUGAAGAUAAAUUUGACAGGAGGAACCAUCACCCACAUGUUCAAAACUUACAUAUGGGCAAAAUAUACGAAAGUCAUGUCUUUAACAUUUUGAAAAAUAAAAAGGAUUUGGGGAAGAAACUAUUCAACCAAAGUAAUGCAUAUGAAAAAUAUAAGUAUAAUAACACCAAUGGCUUUUGGAUAAGUAAUAUUGACAAGAGACGUUUAGUAGACCCCGAAAGGAACGAUAGCUACAUUACAGAGCUGAUAUAUGAGGAAAAUGGAUCCUAUGCUGAAGAAAUGGAAACGCUAAAGCGCUGCAGAGGUUACGAUGGCAUUCCUCCUAUUGAAGAAUUCUACAGAGACAAUAAUUUUUAUUUAUUUUUACAAAAGGAGGGAAUCUCCCGUGGUUAUAGGAACCCCGUGAUGGCAACCACCAUGCGCCGCUACGACAUAGAAAAGGUUUCGGACUACGAAUAUGUCGACACGUGUGAAUGCAUCACGCCCGUUCAUCGAUCGUAA